AACUGGGUUCGCGAUUGUCGAUGUUACGUUUAGAUCUGUGUCAUAUCUGAUACUGGUCGUGUCGGUGUGGUGAAUACUUGAGUGUAUGGAGAGGACAUGUGCUACCGGUGUAUAUACCUGUGAAAGAGUUGAUGCAUUUCUCUCUAAAUCUGUAAGUUAUUUACAAUCAGACUCUACAACAAUGCCUACUCCGAGCUGGCCGAAUCCAGAUGCCAUUGGACCUCAUGGAUUUUCAUUCCCAUCGUCUUUUCAGGACAGUUUUCACAAACCAGUCCGGAUUGAUGAGGUUGAAGAGAAUCCUCAGACGAAUGAAACCAGCGUUGAAAAUCGACUAGACAGAUUGCGUAAAGGGUCCGCACUGACGAUCAACAUUCCACAGUCAAGUGGUUAUGACAUUUAUGAAGAAAAUUCAAAAUACUUUAAAAAGGAUUCGUUUGAAAUGGACAUAGAUGACCAACAGAACCGGGAUAAUAAUUUGCAGGAACGUAAACAGUUCUUGGAUACUCCCGAUGGAAAUGACGAAAAAAAUCGACGAAAAAAAAGGAAGAAAAAUAAAUGGUGUAGGUCAAAAUGUUUAAAAAUAACAUUAGCUCUUAUCGGAGGAGUUGUUUUACUGUUUUGUGUGAUAUUUGCAGCCUUUUAUUUUGCAACACGAGCCGCAACUUCUAAUACCGCAGGAAGUGUUGAUAUUACGACGAACUCUGAUCCAGUGGAGAUCGUUACAACACGAAAACCCCAAAUUAUAUCCAACGUGACGCCCUCAAGUGACCCCUCCAUUCCAGUUGUGGCAAUUAAAAUGGUUGUAGACGAAGAUUAUGUCGAAAACGGUAAAGGUCACUUGGUAUUAUGGAGGAUUCCUCGAGGUAAACAUAUCAACGAAGGAAUCACAUACAACAAUGGCUCCUUCAAGGUUCCAGUCGAUGGCUAUUACACCUUCACAUCCACUCUGAUGCUCGACACGCGUCAUAUCGAUGACGACGUUCAGUCCGGAACAGAAAUCCGUGUCCGGCAUUGUGUACAUAUCAACCAGACCCAGGAUCGUACUUGCACCGAAAAUGGAAUUCCAGUGGGAGCCAUCCGAAGCGAUAUCGUGCAGGCCUCCUGGGUACACAUACGGGCAGGACAGGAAGUGUACAUUACAAUCAGUCAAAUCGGUUUUAUUUCAGAUACGAGCGACAGCAAUACUUUCACAAUGAGUUUAAUUUCAAAGUCAAAGGAAACACGGUGAGCUAAGUUUGGAAAAAAUCCGUUGAAAAAUUGACUCGUAUGAAAUCGACAUCCCAGUCGAUGAGGUUGCCAUGGUAACUGAUUGUGUUCACCAUGAGCCAUGUUUGGCACCAUCCCAGUAGACAGCGGCCAUUUUGAAUAUGAUGGCCAUAUGUCAGUUGAGUGCACGGCAGAAAACCUGAUGUCACAGACUGUCAGCCACGAUAAUACCGGAAGUGAGUUUUGAAUCGAAUCUCCAAUAGAGGUGUGACAAAAUGUCUUCAAAGAUGGCCUCUUGACUGUGAUGACAUAAAUACUGGAUUCUUGUCAAUUCAUUCCUUGUUCGCCGAAUAACCAGUCAAUUGGAACUUUUCGUGGUUUUAAUUAGACCAGGAAAAGGUAAUUUAUGCACUGACUGGAAAGUGUGUCGGUAGGACAACAAUUAUAUAAACGAUAAAUUUCAAUUACAACCGAUGACUG